AUGGAUGGGUACCCGGCCACCGUGCAGCCCGUGGCUGCCUCUGAUACGACAGGGGUGGAUUUGGUGGUGAAGACGGUGCCAGUCCCUGACACGGGGGACAGCGUGGAACUCUUCAUUUUUGACUCUGCCGGCAAGGAGCUGUUUUCGGAAAUGCUGGAUAAAUUGUGGGAGAGUCCCAACGUCUUGUGUCUCGUCUAUGACGUGACCAACGAACAGUCCUUCACCAACUGCAGCAAGUGGCUGGAGAAGGCUCGGUCCCAGAUCCCAGGCACGUCUCUCCCAGGUGUGUUAGUGGGGAACAAGACAGACCUGGCCGGCAGACGGGCGGUGGAUUCGGCUCAGGCCCGGGCGUGGGCCCUGGGCCAAGGCCUGGAAUGUUUUGAAACAUCCGUGAAGGAGCUGGAGAACUGUGAAGCCCCCUUCCGCUGCCUGGCCAAGCAGUUCCACCACCUGUACCGGGAGAAGGUGGAGGUGUUCCACGCGCUGCUGUGAGGGCCGGGGUGGGCUGCGCCUCA